UGUUACAAACAAGGGGGUGUGGGCCUGUCACGUGGCCCUGAGUAACCACAUUCUCGCUUCCUUCUUUCCACCGGCCCGUUGGGGGUUGGCAGGUCCGCACCACAGAAGUGGGCGCCGCAGCAGUGUCUGGUCUCAGCUCUGCUGGGUCCUCGCUACGGCAGAGAAGCCGCCCCGGGGCCCACGAGGCAGCUGUGUCCCAUGCUCCGCUGAGCACGGUGCCAUGAUCCUGCCACGUCUCCCGCCACUUCUCUUGCUGCUGACGCUGCUGGGCCCUGGCAGCAGCCUCCAGCUGUGGAAGGCCUGGGAAGAUGGGUCCAUGGAAGCACCAGGCCUCCUGCUCUCCCGGGACCGCAGACAGGUGACUUUGAACACAAGCGAAGAGGUGGACUUUGACUAUGUCACGGAAGGCACGGAUGAUCCUGAAACGCUUGAAAAUAGCACCGAGGCUGCAGCGCCCCUCCACCAGCUCCUGGCGGUGAUGGGAACCUCGGGACAGAGCGGUUCUGCAGGGCCUGGGACACCGGAGCCAGCCACUUUGGAGGUGGCCACAGUGGGUUCGGCUGGAGGGCCUGCCGUGGGGAAUGAGAGAGGGGCACUGACUACUCAAGGGAUGCCCGUCACACCGGGCCCCCUGACCAAGUACCCGGCCACUGCAGUCCCUUCCCACACCGACACUCCCUCCGCAGCACCGACCACCGUGGAGGUCUUGCCUUCGAGACCGGCCAGCACAGAGGCACUGAGCACGCUCCCUGCAACCACAGAAGCCUUGUUCGUAGAAUCCACUCACACAGAGGCCCUGGCCAUGGCACCUGUAGCUACGGAGGCCCUGGCCACAGCGGAAGCCACUGUCAUGACGGCCCUGGGCACAGGGCCAGCUGCCACAGCAGCCCCAGCCACAGAGCCCGCCACCACGGAGGCCCUGCCCACGGAUCCGGCCACCAUGCAGGCCCUCGCCACAGAGCCUGCCCCCCCAAGCGGUCUGAGCACCAGGGCAGCCAGCAGGUCACCUGACACGUGGAGAAAGAGGCAAAAUCUCCUCCCUAAGAUCCCUACAACCCCCAGCCCCACCAGGGCCCAGGACUACAUCCCCGUGAAGCAGUGCCUGCUGGCCAUCCUCAUCCUGGCCCUGGUGGCCACCGUUUUCCUCGUGUGCACCGUGGUGCUGGCCAUCCGCCUCUCCCGCAAGCGCCACAUGUACCCCGUGCGCAGCUACUCCCCCACCGAGAUGGUCUGCAUCUCGGCGGUGCUGCCUGAGGGGGGCGAGGGGCCCGCGGCCACCACGGCCACCACGACCAAUGGGGACCUGCCCAACGCCAAGAGCCAGGACCGGAAGGCGGAGCCUGGGCCGGACCGAGACGGGGACGACCUCACUCUGCACAGCUUCCUCCCUUAGCCGCCCACCGCCCGCCCGCUGAGGGGACCCCGUGUCCAGCUCCCACAGGCCCGGGCUUCCCCGCGGUCCCCUGGGGGGCGGGGGUCUUGGGGCAGGGACACUGGCUGUCCCUCAGGGGACGGAUAGGGGUCAAGGUGCUGCCAUCAAGCAGGACUUGGCAUGAGGCAAGCAGCAGCUUGUCCUCCCGCCGCAUCUGCCCCACCUCCCUGCCCCCCCACAGACUCCGGCUCCCUCGAAGGCUGGGCUUCCUCGACAGCCUCUCUCUGCCCUGCUCCUCGCUCCAGGGAGGACUCGGAGCCUCCACGCUCCUUCCAUUUUCUUCCGGUGGCCACGGGCACAUACAGGCGGGGCGCUCGGGCAGCAGUGCCCCAUCCCCGAGGCUGUUUCCUGCCUCUCUCCUUUGGGCAGCUUGGGCACCAGGCCGAGUUCCCUGCCCUUGGGCCCGGGGCAGGCCUGGGGAGCCCCAGGCUAGACCUUCCUGGGCACCACGUAUACUCAGGGGCUUUCCCCCAUCCUGCCCUCUCACCCGCCCCUUGUGUCACGUUUCUGGGUGGGCUCUGCAGGGUCAUUUGUCCUGAAGGACUGCACUGCGCAGCCCGGGGUCAGGGACCGCACAGGCACCCAGAAAAUGCGAGGUGGAAAAUGGGCCUUUGGUAGUCCCCCCGGCCCAGCCCCUCCGGAAGCCCCACACCAGCUGCAAGGUUGACUUCAGAGCUGUGUCUUCAUCACGGGGGGCAUCUUGGUACAUCCUGGAGCAGCCAGGGGAAGUUUAGGGCUCUGAGGGAGAAAUCGGGAAAUUUAUUCACAUGUCCCCAUGACCCAGUUCUGUCCUUUAGAAUUAGAUGCCCUCCAAAGCUCAGACUAAAACCCCUUCUAAAUGUCAAUGCCAUCCUCCCAGGAGCCCACCUGGUGCUCUUAGUUCUGCAAGAGGCUUGUCUCCCAUGAAAGCCCCACGGACGAGGACAGCCGCAGCCUCCAGGCCUUGGGAUACCCACAGGAGGACUUACUAGCUGCCCCUGAAAGUCUGGGGGCAGCAAACUUUUUCUUAAAGGGCAGUUAUGGUUUGUCAGGCCUCAAGUUCUCUGUGGCAGCUUGUCAGCUCUGUCCUCCGAACGUGAAGGUGGUGACUGGCACACAUACAUGAAGGGGUGUGGCUGAGUUCUAAUAAAGCUUUAUUUACAA